AUGAAGGGCUCCAUUUUGACUUUGUUUCUAUUUUCUGUCCUUCUUGCCAUCUCAGAAGUGACGCUUGAGGAGUCUAUAGAAGCUCUGUGGACUAGAGUACUAAAAGCAGUCAUCUAUACCUGUGCUGGCCCUAGGUAGAGAAGGCACCCGGAAGGAAUCCCUCAAAGUCAAGCAUGUAACGAAUACCUUGGAGGCUGCUGGUCAUGGAGCAGUGGUAGCCAGUACAACAGAAGGUGGAUUCCUCAGGAGAGAAGAGACAUCAGGAUGAACAGCUGGCCAAGGGCUUUGGGGCUCAAAGAAGCUUUGGGUCUCUUGUCAGGACAAGACUUACAGACAUUGUGCUGCACUGAUGGCUGUUCCGUGACUGAUUUGCGUGCUCUUUGUUAA